CACUUCGGCCUCCUCCGCCGGCCCUUCCUCAGCUACGACGAGGACGCCAAGGGCUCCACACUGCGCGUCGUGGUCUUUGGCUCCGACCGCAUCUCGGGGAAAGUGGCCCGAGCCUACAGCAACCUCAGGCUCAAGGAGAGCGCCUGCCCCUCACUGACAAGGUACUUCAAGCUGCAGUUUUUCUACGUCCCCGUGAAGAGGAGCUGCUUGGCUCCAUCGACCCCGCUGAUGCAUCCCUCCCCGUCCCCGGGGGACCCACAGCUCCGGGCCGCGGCACAGGCGGAUCCUACCCUGGCUGGGAUGGAGAGCAGCACCAACGACAUCUCCCACUACAUUGGCAUGUUAGACCCAUGGUACGAGCGCAACGUUCUCAGGCUGAUGAACCUGCCCAUGGAUGUCCUGUGUCAGUCUGCCAAGCCAGAGGCAGAGCCCCAGGAGGACUCCCAGGAGCAGUUGCCCAUCCUGGCAGACAUGAUCCUCUACUACUGCCGCUUCGCCACACGCCCUGUCCUGCUGCAGCUCUACCAGGCAGAGCUUACCUUCAUUGGAGGAGAAAAGAUGACCGAAGUCUUCAUCCAUUCCCUGGAGCUGGGCCACUCGGCAGCCACACGAGCCAUCAAGGCAUCAGGUCCAGGCAGCAAAAGGCUGGGCAUAGAUGGAGACAGAGAAGCAAUCCCACUAACACUACAGAUUGCCUACAGCAAGACAGCUGUCAGUGGAAGAAGUCACUGGAACGAUGUUGAGAAGGUCUGCACAUCUGUCAACCUUAGCAAAGCCUGCAAGAAGUAUGAAGAACUAGCCUCAAAGACAGAGUGUCUCAACUUAACCAUGACAGAGGUGGUCAAAAGGCAAAACUCCAAAUCCAAAAAAAGCUUCAAUCAGAUCAGCGUGUCCCAGAUAAAAGUAGACAAGGUCCAGAUUAUUGGUGUCCAGUCCUCCUUUGCUGUAUGCCUCGAUCAGGAUGAACAGAAGAUCCUGCAGAGUGUCACCAGGUGUGAGAUCUCUGUGUGCUACAAACCCAGGGACAAAGAUCUCCUUGCACUGAGGAGGUCUCCUCUGCCUCCCCAGGACCCCUCUGAAUUUCAUUCUCUCCUGUGUCUACCCAUUGCCACCUUCAGUGGAGCACUGCCAUAG